AUGUGUGUGUCUCCGAGCGUCUCUCGGCGUCUUCCACUCGUGUACCACCCGCACUACUCGUGCUCCUGGCCGCCCAAGCACCGCUUCCCGAUGUCCAAGUUUGCGGACCUCCACGCGUUUCUCCUCACCCAGCCGUCGGUCCUCGCGACGGCCUCGUGGCACCAGCCGGAGCUGCCUCCGCACGCGUGGGUCGAGGCGGUCCACGAGCGCGAGUACUACCGCGCCUUCCUCGGCAGCAGGCUGGGCGACGCCGAGGCACGCCGCAUAGGCUUCCGCGAGCAGCUCAGCCGACCGGAGCUGAUCCGGCGCACGCGGCUCGAGGUUGGCGGCACCGUCCUCACGGCGAAGCUGGCGCUGCGGCACGGGCUGGCCUGCAACCUGGCGGGCGGGACCCAUCACGCGCACGCCGGCACCCGCGCCGGCUCCGGCUUCACCAUCCUCAACGACCUCGCGGUGGCCGCCGCCUAUGUGCGCAAGCACGAGGGCGUGUCGCGCGUGGCUGUCGUCGACCUCGACGUCCACCAGGGCGACGGCACCGCCACGCUCUUCGAGGGCGACGGCUCGGUCUUCACGCUGUCGAUGCACUGCGGCGCCAACUUCCCCUUCCGCAAGGCGCGCUCUGACCUCGACAUCGACGUGCCCUCGGUAGGCACCGCCGACGCGGGCUACCUGAGGCUGCUGCGCGAGGCGCUGCCGACGAUGCUGCGCCGCUUCCGGCCCGAGCUGGCGCCGCCGUGGCGACGCGGCUCCGAGCCACAGGCGGACGUGCUGUACGACGCGGGCGUCGACGUGUGGGAGGGCGACGGGCUCGGCCACCUCAAGCUGUCGCACGCCGGCAUAUGGAGCCGCGACCGGUACGUCAUCGAGACGUGUGUGCGCAGCGGCGUCCCCAUCGCGUGCGUCAUCGGCGGCGGGUACGACCGAGAUCCACUGGCGCUGGCGCGGCGGCACGCACUGCUUCAUCGCGCAGCCGCGCGGGUGUGGCGCGGGUCUGCGCGCCUCUCCGGCAGUGCGCCUGCGGAGGUGCCUCUCGAAGGGCUUGCGCCCGGGCGAGACCCCGGGCGAGCGCGGAGCGGGAUCACUGAGAAGAAGGCGCGCGACCGAGUUGGAGGGCCGCGUUUGAUUGAUGCCUGA